CGCCCAUUCCGUACAACGCCCUGAUAUGCGUCCUGAACGCCGACAUGAGCCAGAAGGAAGUUUCGCAGCUACCCGAGGACGGCCUGUGCGACCUAAGCUUCUACCAGGCGAUCGAGAAAGAGCACGCCAUCGUCAGUGGUCCCGGCGGUCCUUUCAACAAAAGCCUCGAUCUCGUCGUACGAGCGGCCGCCAGUCACACCAAGACCGAAUACGGCGUCAGCUUCGACUAUACUUCAAUGAAGGUUACGCGAGAACUACUGUCGACCGACGUCGCCAGGACGUCCCUUGCAGACCUGUGGAAGAAGAAGAUUUACCACUACGCCUUCCUCUCGUUGACGUUCUUUGAUCUAACCAUGCAUUCGUACAGGAAGGUCUUCUACUACCUCAAGGAUGUGAACACAAUUCUUCACAAGGGACAGCCACCACCACGACCGUCUUUCUUCCUUAUCGGGGAGAGCUUCGCGACCAUCACUUGGUUGAACUACGCGUUUAAUAACAUCAGGAUACGGCGCACUGGGCUCUUGGUACGCUUCCCAAGCAGAAGCUCGGUUACACGAGGUUCUUCCUCUCGAUGACCGCCGGCGCCCGAUACUACACGCCCGCCAAGGAUGCCAAGUACGAAAUAUUGGCGGCCACCUACUUCUCCGACAACGAGCCGCCAUACAUCGACAUCGGUCAG